AUGAUGAGCAACAACUACGGCGACGAGCAGCUGCCCCCGCAGUACUACCAGGCCACCGACUUUGGGGAAGAGGAGGACGACGAAAUGCCGGCCACGGAGAAGGACCUGGCCGAGGACGCGCCUUGGAAGAAGAUCCAGCAGAACACCUUCACCAGGUGGUGCAACGAGCAUCUCAAGUGCGUCAACAAGACCGUCACCGACCUGCAGAGGGAUUUUACUGACGGGCUGAAGCUCAUCUCACUGCUGGAGGUGCUGAGCCAGAAGAAAAUGUACAGAAAGUGCCACAUCAGACCCAACUUCCGUCAGAUGAAGCUGGAAAAUGUUUCUGUGGCACUAGAGUUCCUGGAAAGGGAGCACAUCAAACUGGUCUCCAUAGAUAGCAAAGCCAUUGUGGACGGGAAUCUCAAGCUGAUCCUGGGUCUUAUCUGGACCCUCAUCCUCCACUACUCUAUCUCCAUGCCCAUGUGGGACGACGAGGAGGACGAGGAGUCUAAGAAACUGACCCCCAAACAGCGCUUGUUGGGCUGGAUCCAGAACAAAGUGCCCCAGCUGCCCAUCCACAACUUCAACCGUGACUGGCGGGACGGCAAGGCCCUGGGAGCACUGGUCGACAACUGUGCCCCUGGUUUGUGUCCUGAUUGGGCGGAGUGGGACCCCAACCAGCCCGUGGAAAAUGCCAGAGAAGCCAUGCAGCAGGCUGACGACUGGCUGGGUGUGCCUCAGGUGAUUGCACCUGAGGAGAUUGUGGACCCAGAUGUGGACGAGCACUCAGUGAUGACCUACCUGUCUCAAUUCCCCAAGUCCAAACUGAAGCCUGGCGCUCCUCUCAAGCACAAACAGCUUUUCCCAAACAAGGCUAAAGCCCACGGACCAGGUAUUGAGCCUCAUGGCAACAAGGUGCUGAAGCCGGCCGUGUUCACUGUGGAAACUCUGGAAGCUGGAAGCGGGGAGGUCCUGGUCUACGUGGAGGAUCCUGAGGGACACAAGGAGGAGGCUAAAGUUAAACCCAACAAGGACAAAACCAGAAGCUACACUGUCACCUAUGUUCCUAAAGUGGAGGGUGUCCACAAGGUGAAAGUGCUGUUUGCGGGUCAGGACAUAGACAAGAGCCCAUACACUGUGAACGUGGCCAAGGAUCUGGGUGACGCCGGCAAAGUCCAUGCUAGAGGACCAGGUCUGGAGGCCACAGGCAAUGUGACAAACAAACCCACCUACUUUGACAUCUACACAGCAGGUGCUGGCAAUGGCGAUGUCAGCGUGGUCAUUGUCGACCCUCAGGGCAAAAAGGACACCGUCGAGCUCAUCCUGGAGAAUAAGGGCGACAGUGUUUUCCGUUGCACCUAUCGUCCCAUGUUGGAGGGCCCUCACACCAUCCACAUCCUCUUUGCAGGCCAGGAGAUCCCCAAGAGCCCUUACACUGUCAACGUCUUGGAGGCCUCGAAUCCAAACGCCUGCCGAGCUACAGGUAGAGGCCUUCAGCCUAAAGGCGUGAGAGUGAAGGAGGUUGCAGACUUCAAAGUUUUCACCAAGGGAGCUGGCAGUGGAACGCUGAACGUCUCAGUCAAAGGACCAACUGGAGCGGAGGAGCAAGUGAAAGUGCGUGAUGCCGGGAAUGGCGUAUACGAAUGUGAAUAUUUCCCCCUUAAGCCUGGCAAAUACACCGUCAGCAUCACCUGGGGAGGCCAGCCCAUCCCACGCAGCCCUUUCGAAGUGGAAGUGGGUAAGGAGGCAGGUUUUCAGAAGGUGAGGGCCUGGGGUCCUGGUCUGAAGACUGGCAUGGUGGGAAAAUCCGCCGACUUUGUCGUGGAGGCCAUCGGCGUUGAAGUUGGGACUCUAGGCUUCUCCAUUGAAGGCCCAUCACAGGCUAAAAUCGAGUGUGAUGACAAGGGCGAUGGCUCUUGUGAUGUACGCUACUGGCCCACUGAACCUGGUGACUACGCUGUCCAUGUCGUCUGUGAUGAUGAGGACAUCAAGGACAGUCCCUUCAUGGCCCACAUCCUCCCUGCAGUCAAUGACGUCUUCCCUGAGAAGGUGAAAGCCUUUGGACCAGGUCUGCAGCCAACCGGCAUCAUCGUGAACAAACCAACUGAAUUUACAAUUGAUGCCCGCAUGGCUGGGACGAGUCACCUCAAGAUCUAUGCACAGGAUGCUGAAAGCUGCACCAUCAACAUCAAGAUCACUGACAAGGGAGACGGCACAUUUCUGUGUGUGUACACUCCUGUCAAGCCCAUUAAACACACCAUCAUCAUCACAUGGGGGGAUGUUAACGUGCCCAACAGCCCCUUCAGGGUGCUGGUUGGUGAGGGUUCUCAUCCAGACAAAGUCAAGGUCUAUGGGCCCGGAGUGGAGAAGACUGGGCUCAAGGCUAACGAGCCAACAUACUUCACUGUGGACUGCGGCGAGGCCGGUCAAGGGGACAUAAGCAUUGGAAUCAAGUGCGCCCCAGGAGUGGUUGGACCAGCGGAGGCUGACAUCGACUUUGACAUCAUCAAGAAUGACAAUGACACCUUCACUGUCAAGUACACUCCCCCCGGUGCAGGCCGAUACACCAUCAUGGUGCUGUUUGCUGACCAGGAAAUUCCCAUCAGUCCAUUCAAAGUCAAAGUUGAUCCUUCCCAUGAUGCUGGCAAGGUGAGAGCAGAGGGUCCUGGACUCAACAAGACAGGAGUGGAGGUGGGCACUCCAACCCACUUCACCAUCUACACAAAGGGAGCUGGCAAGGCCAAGCCCGAGGUGCAUUUCACAGCGCCGGGCCCGGGAGAGGCGGUUCGUGACUUUGAGAUCCUCGAUAACCACGAUUACUCCUACACUGUCAAGUACACAGCUCUUCAACAGGGUAACAUGACUAUUUCAGUGACUCAUGGAGGAGACCCCAUUCCCAAGAGCCCGUUCCAUAUCUCAGUGGCACCACCUCUGGAUAUUGGAAAGGUGAAAGUGGAUGGAUUGGACACCAAAGUGGAAGUCGGAAAGGAUCAAGAGUUCUCAGUUAACACAAAGGGCGCCGGUGGGCAGGGCAACGUAGGCGUGAAGAUGACCUCACCCUCUGGCCGCCCGAUUCCAUGCAAGCUGGAGUCUGACAAAGCCAAAGGCGCUCACAGUGUGAAGUAUAUUCCCCCAGAGGAGGGACAGUACAAGGUUGAUGUCAGCUACGAUGGCAACCCCGUCAUGGGAAGCCCCUUUGGGGUUGAAGCAGUGAUGCCUGCUGAUCCUUCUAAGGUGAGAGCCUAUGGCCCGGGCCUGAAGGGAGGCAUUGUGGGUAAACCCGCUCCCUUCACUAUUGACACAAAGGCAGCUGGUGCAGGUGGACUUGGCCUGACAGUGGAGGGCCCAUGUGAAGCUAAAAUUGAAUGUCAGGACAACGGCGACGGCACAUGCUCAGUGUCCUACCUGCCCACUGAGCACGGGGAGUACGCUAUCAACAUCCUGUACGCGGAGCAGCACAUCCCUGGCUCUCCCUUCAAGGCUGCAGUGCGCCCGGCCUUCGAUCCCAGCAAGGCGACAGCGAGCGGUCCCGGUCUGGAGAAGGCCAAGUCGGGCGAACCAGCGACCUUCACUGUGGACUGCAGCCGAGCGGGCGACGCCGAGCUCACCAUCGAGAUUGUUUCGGAGACAGGGGUUAAGACUGAAGUGCACAUCAAGAAAAGUGCAGAGGGGACGUUCUCCGUAACGUACACCCCAUCGUUCCACGGCGCACACACCAUCACCAUCAAGUACGGCGGCCAUACGAUUCCUCAGUUUCCCAAAGUGCUGCAGGUGGAGCCCUCUGUGGACACCAGCGGGGUGCAUGUCUACGGGCCAGGAGUGGAGCCCAGAGGGGUCCUCAGAGAAGUCACAACCCACUUCAUCGUCGACGCCCGCACCCUCAACAAGGUUGGAGGAACCCAUGUGAAGGUUCACAUCAUCAGCCCCUCUGGCACCAACACAGAGAGCUUCAUCACCGAUAAGGGAGACGGCACAUACAGAGUGGAGUACACAGCGUUCGAGGAUGGAAUGCAUCUGAUAGAGGUGCUUUACGAUGACGCACCCGUACCCAAGACUCCCUUCAGGGUGUCUGUGGUGGAGGGAUGUGAUCCCACCCGGGUCCGCGCCUUUGGUCCAGGUCUGGAAGGAGGAAUAACCAACAAGUCCAACUGCUUCACUGUGGAGACCAGGGGCGCUGGUACAGGAGGCCUGGGCCUGACUAUCGAGGGAGCCUCAGAGGCCAAGAUAUCCUGCAAAGACAAUAAAGAUGGCAGCUGCAGUGUGGAGUACGUCCCCUUCACUCCUGGAGAUUACGACGUCAACAUUAACUACGGAGGUCACCCCAUCCCUGGCAGCCCGUUCCGCGUGCCAGUGAAGGACCCCGUGGACCCCAGCAAAGUGAAGUGCUCAGGUCCAGGUCUGGGCGGCGGAGUAAGAGCCCAUAUUCCUCAGACGUUCACAGCUGACUGCACCAAGGCUGGACAGGCCCAGCUGGAUGUCAAACUCUAUGGCCCAACAGGUACCGUGGAGCCAGUAGGUGUGAAGAACAACGGUGAUGGAACCCACACAGUUCACUACACCCCAGCUCAGGACGGCCCUUACACUGUCGGUGUCAAAUAUGCAGAUCAGGAGGUCCCACACAGCCCAUUCAAGGUCAUGUCUCAGCCCGGGCAUGAUGCCAGUAAGGUGCGUGCCAGUGGCCCCGGUCUGGACACCAAAGGUGUGUCUGCUAGUCUCCCUGUGGAGUUCACCAUCGAUGCUCGUGAUGCUGGAGAGGGUCUACUGACUGUGCAGAUCCUGGACCCAGAAGGCAAACCAAAGAAUGCAACCAUCCAGGACAACAGGGACGGCACCUACACUGUGUCGUAUGUACCUGACUCUACAGGCCCCUACACCAUCACCAUUAAAUAUGGCGGAGAUGAGAUUCCUUACUCCCCAUACUGCAUCCAGUCGCUGCCCACAGGAGACGCCAGCAAAUGUCGCCUCACUGUGUCGAUUGCAGGACAUGGCAUGUGUAAUCUUCAGAAACUGCAGACCUCUAAGGAUACUGUUAUCACUGUGGAUGCCAAGGCUGCCGGGAAAGGCAAGGUGACCUGUAAAGUGCUGACCCCACAGGGGAUGGAGCUGGACAUGGACGUGGUGGAGAAUCGUGAUGGGACCUUUGACAUUUACUACACUGCCCCCGAACCUGGAAAGUAUGUUAUUACUAUCCGCUUUGGGGGCCAGAACAUCCCUAAGAGCCCCUUCCAUGUGAUGGCCUCAAAUGAGCCAGUAGCUCCUCGCGAUACCGUGGAUCCUCUCUUCCGCCCCGUUAACUUCCUCGUCCCCUUCACGCCACAGCAGGGAGAAAUCACAGGUGAGGUGCGAAUGCCUUCGGGCAAGACUGCUCGCCCGCAUAUCACUGACAACAAGGAUGGCACCAUCACUAUCAAGUACCAGCCCAUAGAGAGAGGCCUGCACGAGAUGGACAUCAAAUAUGACGGCAACCACAUUCCAGGAAGCCCUCUGCAGUUCUAUGUUGAUGCUGUGAACAGUGGAGUGGUGACUGCUUACGGCCCAGGUCUGAGUUACGGCAUGGUCAACAAGUCUGCCACUUUCACUGUGGUCACCAAGAAUGCAGGAGAAGGUGGUCUGUCACUGGCAGUGGAGGGUCCUUCUAAGGCCGAGAUCACCUGUAAGGACAACAAAGAUGGAACCUGCACUGUGUCCUACCUGCCCACGACUCCUGGAGACUACAAUAUCAUCGUCAAGUUUGACAACAAGCACAUUUCAGGCAGUCCCUUUACUGCUAAGAUUACUGGGGACGACACCAUCACCAGGACGUCCCAGCUGAACGUUGGCACAUCGGCUGACGUGUCCCUCAAGAUCACAGAGACUGAUCUGAGCUCUCUGACUGCGAGUAUCAGAGCUCCAUCAGGAAACGAGGAGCCCUGCCUGCUCAAGAGACUGCCCAACAGACACCUCGGUAUCUCCUUCACCCCGAAGGAGGUUGGUGAGCACGAGGUCAGUGUGAGGAAGAAUGGCUUGCACGUAGCUAACAGCCCUUUCAAGAUCAUGGUUGGCCAGUCAGAGAUCGGCGAGGCCAGCAGGGUCAAGGCUUUCGGUAAAGGCCUUGUGGAGGCGCACACUUUCGAAAUGGCUGAAUUCUUCGUAGAUACAAGGAAUGCGGGUUACGGAGGUCUAGCACUGUCGGUUGAGGGUCCGAGCAAAGUGGAUAUUAACUGUGAAGAUGUAGAGGAUGGGACAUGCAGAGUGACAUACUGUCCAACAGAACCUGGCAGUUACAUUGUCAACAUCAAGUUUGCUGAAAAGCACAUCCCAGGAAGUCCUUUCACAGUGAAGGUGACUGGAGAUGGAAGAAUCAAAGAGAGCAUUACCAGGAAGAGGCAGGCGUCUUCUAUCGCCUCAGUGGGAAGCACAUGUGGCCUGAACCUCAAAAUCCCAGGAAACUGGUUCCAGAUGGUUUCAGCUCAGGAGAGGCUGACCAAGACGUUCACCCGCAGCAGCCACACCUACACCCGCACUGAGCGCACAGAGAUCAGCAAGAGCCGUGGCGGCGAAACCAAGAGAGAGGUACGAGUGGAGGAGAGCACCCAGGUGGGCGGGGGAGGAACCCCGUUCAGAGACGUUUUCGGAGACUUUCUGGGCAGGGAGAGCCUCAGCAGCUUUGCCGGCAUCACGGCCCGACCUGAGGUUGAGAGCGGCUCGCAGGCCAUGACGGCUCAGGUGACCAGUCCCAGUGGGAAAACGGUGGACGCUGACCUCGUGGACGGAGGAAGCAGCACCUACAGCGUCCGCUUUAUCCCUCAGGAAAUGGGACCCCACACGGUCAAUGUCAAAUACAGAGGCCAGCACGUCCCCGGGAGCCCCUUCCAGUUUACGGUGGGCCCCAUGGGGGAGGGAGGAGCACACAAGGUCCGUGCAGGAGGGCCCGGCCUGGAGAGGGGCGUGGCUGGAGCACCCUCUGAGUUCAGUAUCUGGACUAGGGAGGCAGGUGCUGGCGGCUUGUCCAUCGCCGUCGAGGGUCCGAGCAAGGCGGAAAUUUCCUUUGAGGACAGAAAGGACGGUUCUUGCGGAGUCUCCUACAUAGUGAAAGAACCAGGUGACUACGAGGUCUCCAUCAAGUUCAACAACGAGCAGAUCCCCGACAGCCCAUUCAUCGUGCCGAUCGCUACACUCUCAGACGAGGCUCGCAGGCUCACUCUCACCAGCAUUCACGAGAAGGACUUGAAGGUGAACCAUGAAGCCUCCUUCAUGGUGCAGAGGAACGGCACUCGAGGUGUAGUCGAUGCUAAGGUCCACACCCCCUCUGGCUCCUCUGAGGAAUGCUAUGUCACCGAGCUUGACAGCGACAAGAGUACAAUUCGCUUCAUUCCGCGGGAGAAUGGAGUUCACUCCAUCGACGUCAAGUUCAAUGGAUGCCACAUUCCUGGAAGCCCCUUUAAUGUACGAGUGGGCGACCUGGGGCUGAUUGGAGACCCAGGCAUGGUGACGGCACAUGGUGCUGGACUACAGGGAGGAACCACAGGUGUAUCCUCGGAGUUUGUGGUCAACACCUGUAACGCGGGCUCGGGCACUCUGUCCGUCAACAUCGACGGGCCGUCCAAAGUGAAGAUGGACUGCCGCGAGAGUCCCGAGGGCUACAAAAUCACCUACACCCCAAUGGCACCUGGCAACUAUCUCGUCACCAUCAAAUACGGCGGGCCCCAGCACAUAGUGGGCAGCCCUUUCAAAGCUAAAAUCACAGGUGCCCGGCUCUCAGGGGGACACAGCCUCCAUGAGACCUCCUCUGUCUUGGUCGAAACAGUUACCAAGUCUUCCAAAGUGGGUGGAGCCUACAGCGCGUCCUCCUCCUCCUCCACCGCCACCUCAACCAAACUGACAUCCGACGCCAGCAAGGUGGUCUGUCACGGAGCGGGGCUGACCAAAGCCUUGGUGGGACAGAAGAAUACUUUUACAAUUGACAGCAGCAAAGCAGGUAGCAACAUGCUGAUAGUGGGCGUGCAUGGACCCCACACUCCCUGCGAGGAGGUGUACGUCAAGCACAUGGGCAACAAGCUCUACAACGUCACCUACACUGUCAAGGACAAGGGCAGCUACACCGUCAUUGUCAAAUGGGGAGACGACAACGUCCCCGGGAGCCCCUACAAAGUGGCCGUGGCCUAAAAUGAACUGUCCCGAUAUUCCAAAUCACUGUCCGCCGCUGACCCACCAGCCUUUUACGUGACAUGUGCACGCGUCAAUCAAACUCUCCGGUUCUUCUGUUCUCCAACAGAUUUACUAUGUACUCAACAUGCACUAAAACCUGCAAGAACAUUUCGCUUACGUUUUUUUAUUGACGAUAGAAUAUCUACUGUGCCAAAGUUUUGUAUUAACUCUACAUUACAUGAAAACUAAGCAUCCACGUUCAGAGUGAUAUAAGGGCUUAAAGUCUUUAGUGUUGUCCGUCCAUAAAGCUUCUCCUCAGUAUUUGUUGUGCUGUAAACAAAUAACACACAUAAUAUAUGAAUGUUGAGAAAUGUUGGAAUAAUCAGAAGUAUUAACGUGUGGUGCAAUAUGGUUUUGUAUGGUAU